UAUAGACUAGAAACUCUACUCCAAAGAGUAAAUUAAUAUAUGCUCUACUCUUUGUUUGUAUUUGUCUUGUCGUCUGUGAUUUGUAUUUUGUUUAAAAUUAUUAAAUUACACUUGUUUAUUUGAUUCACUGAUGUUUUUAAGCUUUAACAGAUUGAGCAGUUAACUCGAACAAAUUUGAUAAAAGGCACAUUUUAUAGUAAUUAUUGUAUAUGUUGAAGCCGAAGCACUCUAUUAAAUAAUUUUAUAUUGAAGUUUGAAGGUAAUAUGGAUGAAGAGCUGGAAGAGCUGAAGAACGUGUUGCGGGCGUUCGUGGUGUCGUCGCCGGCGCAGGUGGACGCGCGCUCGCUGCUGCGUGACUACCGCGACAUGUACGGUGCGCAAAUACCCGCGACGAAGUUUGGCUACAGGGACCCUAUCACUUUCCUUCGCGAAAAAUUUACUGAUUGCUUCUUAUUCCAGGGGCUGACAGCCAACCCCGUGCUGACGCUGAUAGUGCCGGAUGCCAUUAAACAUGUUGACAAGUUUGUGCAAAAACAAAAACCUUCUUCUAUUACAAAGGCAAAAGGGAAACGGAGAAGUGUGCCACAAUCGGCAUAUAAUACCCAGAGUGCUGCACCCAAACCACCAGAUCGAUCGCAACCGCCUCGUGUACACAAUGGUGUACGUGGUUCACCGGCACCACCCAAGCCUAUACAAAAUGGACAGAUGACUGCAUCGGCUUAUCCACCGGCACCAGCACUGCAAUGCGCACAGAAUGGUCCCCAGGUUUUCCAGAGAAAGGACCGAAACAUUCAGGACAGGAGUGUCGGCACAAGUUGGCAUGCGUCCCCAGCACCCGUCAAACCUUGUGCCAACACUCCUGCGCGGGUCGACUCGGCCCCGUACGAGCCCCGUCGGGAGCACGGCUCGGCCUCGAACGAGCCCCGCCGGGAACACGGCUCGGCCUCGUACGAGGCCCGCCGGGAGCGCACCGAGUCCCGCAGCAGCGACUGUUCAGAGGCCUUCAGAGACGACGAGCAGUGUGGCAGGAGCAGUCCAGCUAGCAGCGUGAGCAGUGGGUCGAGGAUGCAGGUGCUCCGAGAGAUCAGAGAGAUCAUCGACGAGCACCCAGACGGGGUGUGGUGCACCGACGUGCUGCAGCUGUACAACCAGCCGAGCUCACUCCAGUCGCUCAGCGGACUAGUGGAGUCGAGCAGGGCCCCUCAUCAGUCCUACGUUAACGCACCCCCGUGGUCGCGCAGACAGCGCUUCGGGCGCGAGCUCAACUACCACCGCCUGGGCUGCACCAGCGUGCUGAGCCUGGCGUGCGCCGCGCCGCACGUGGCGGCCGUGCAGCACCCCGCGCGCGCCGACUGGCUGCUGGCCGACCGGCGCUCGGCCGCCGCGCGCCGCCCGCCGCCGCCGCCGCAGCCGCGCGCGCCGCCCGCGCCCGCGACCGCCGACCCGGACGACGCGCUGCCCGGCGUGGCCUACGCGGACGAGCUGUUCCCCCCCGACUGCAUGAACUUCAUGGACAGCAUCCCCAAGCUGAGCCUGGACGGCGUGGCGCGCGGGGACCUGCUGCAGGUCAUGGUGGGCGAGGUGUACUCGCCCAGCCACUUCUGGCUGCUGCAGCUGGGCGAGCAGUUCCACCUGGCGCUGGAGGAGCUCAUGGACGACAUGAACCGCUUCUACGAGUCGCCGCGCGGCGCCGGCGCGCUGCCGCCCGGCGCCGUGCGCGCGGGCCACUACUGCAGCAGCCGCUACGCCGGCGACUGGCAUCGCGCGCUCAUCGUGCGCGUGGACGACUGCGACCACGUGCGCGUGCGCCACGUGGACUACGGCACCGUGGAGCGCUGCGCCGCGCGCGACCUGCGCCCGCUGCGCCGCCGCUGGGCCGCGCUGCCCGUGCAGGCCGUGCGCGCGCGCCUGGCCCGCGUGCGCCCCGCCGCGCGCGGCCGCCGCUGGCAGCGCGCCGCCGCGCAGCGCUUCCUCGCGCUCGUCUCCGACCGGCAGCUGGUGGCCAGCGUCACGGCCGUGGACGAGCAGAGCGACGCGCUCGAGGUGCUGCUCAUCGACACCUCCACGGACGAAGACGUCAGCGUGUCGGCGCAGCUGGUGGCCGCGGGCCACGCGGACGCGCGCCCGGACCCCGCCCUGGGGACGUCGGAGUGCUACCUGUUCCCGAAGUUCGCCCCGCUGGAGAACGGCGAGACGCCGAACUUCGCCGAGCUGGCCGCCUACCAGCGCGACGGCAUCCUCUUCGACUUCGUGGACGAGUACCGCAGGCACGUGCCGCCCAUCCUGCCGCCGCCCUCCUCGUGCUCCUCGUCCUCCCCGUCGCCUUCCCCGCCGCCCGAGUCUCCCUCCCCGCCGCCAGCGUCUCCCCCCCCGGCGCCCGCGUCUCCCGUCCCGCCUCCCGCGUCUCCCGCCCCGCCGCCCGAGCCCGCGCCCGCCGUCGCGCCGUCGCCUGCAGUUCCGCCGACGCUCAAGCCGUGCGCCCGGCUAGUGCCGCGCCUGGCGCCCGCGCCGGCGCCCGCGUGCGCGCCGCCGGACUGGGCGGCCAGCUGGUCGGUGACGCAGCCGCCCUUCGUGCCGCCGACGCCGCGCGCGCUGGCGCCGACGGCCCCGGCCGCGCCCACGUUCGCGCUGCCCGUGAACGACGCGCAGCUGUACAUGAUGCUGGACGCGAUGGACCCGGCCAUGGCGCACAGGUUCAUGAAGUCGACGGUGGCGCAGGCGCUGGCCGCGUCGGGCCACGCGCCGUACGCCGCCCCCGCGCCGCCCGACCCCCCCGCGCCCGCCGUCCGCCCGCCGCCCGGCUUCGAGCACUACCGCUUCGGGAGCAACUGACCCGCGCGCAGCCUCGCGCCAGCGCACGACGAGCAGCCCCCCGCCCGCUGCCCGGCGCCCGUCUACCUCAGUGUCGCUCCAGUAUUACAGUGAGACUAGCUCUAAGUUUAGUUCGCCGUUGCGUCUCCGGCGCCACAUCGCCCU